GUCUUCUCAUGGUUCAUUGAAAAAAGAAAGAGAAAGUACAACUCCACCGGGAAGUUUAACAAACACCUUUAUCAUCGUCUGCUCUCUAUUGUAGACUGUUCUUCUUGUUUUACUGCAACAGACAACAAUGGUGAAUAUAGUCCUAUAAGGCUAUUAGGAUACUGCAGAAAAGGUAACAGGUAACUCGCCGAAAGUUCACUGUAGGUGUGCAUCAUUUGACGCAAAGCAAUGUCCCGUGGUUCGAAUGCUGGAUUUGACCGACACAUUACGAUUUUUUCUCCAGAGGGCCGCCUCUAUCAAGUCGAGUAUGCCUUCAAAGCCAUCGCGCAGGGUGGGUUGACAUCACUGGGCGUGCGGGGGACAGACUGUGCUGUGGUGGUCACACAGAAGAAAGUGCCGGACAAGCUGCUGGAUUCUGCCACUCUGACCAACAUGUACCCACUUACCCCACGCAUUGGAUGUGUGAUGACAGGACACAAUGCGGACAGUCGAUCCCAGGUCCACAGGGCACGAGUGGAGGCCGCCGAAUGGAAGUACAAGUUUGGCUAUGACAUCACAGCAGACAUGUUGUGUCGGAGAAUGGCGGACAUCUCCCAGGUCUACACACAGAACGCUGAGAUGAGACCUUUGGGAUGCUGUAUGAUCUUGGUGGCCAUGGACCCCCAGCUGGGUCCCAUGCUGUAUAAGUGUGACCCAGCAGGCUACUUCUGUGGCUUCAGGGCCACCAGCGUGGGGGCCAAGCAGACAGAGGCUAACAGCUACCUGGAGAAGAAACUGAAGAAGAGGCCGGAGCUGUCAUAUGAGAUGACUGUGGAGUUGGCCAUCUCCUGUCUCUCUUCUAUUCUGUCCAUGGACUUCAAGCCCAGUGAAAUUGAAGUGGGUGUGGUCACUAAGGAAAGCCCCAAGUUCAGGACACUCUCUGAGACAGAGAUCGACACUCACCUGGUGGCCAUUGCUGAGCGGGAGUAGAGGUGCAGCCAUCCACAUACAGUACUUCAGGUGUCAGGCUGACUAACUAACUGACUAGCCUAGUGGUUCAGUAAUAGGACAAUAAUUCUACUUCAGUACAAUACUUGGAUAUGUUUCUACUUUCCAACUAUUUACAUCUGCACAGGUUGAUUUUCACCUUCAGUCUGCAUAUCAAAUCUUCAAGGACAUACCGCCAGGCUGUAACUAGGAUUCCCAUGUUGUUGGAUUGGUUUGAUCCUGUGGACCGUUUCAUCCAUCCGAUUGUCUGUAUCUCAUUGAACCACAUUGUUUAUGACCACCAAAAAGGGUUUUAGCUGCCCGUGCCCAGAGCGUUACUCAUGUCAUCUAUCACCUGCCACAGAAACACUGUCUAACAGAAUAAAACACAUCAAGUAAAACAAAA